AUGCUCAAAGUUGCUCCGAGUGAGUUGCAGUUUGGCACGCUGGCGGUGAAUGAGACACCCGCGUAUUGUCGUUUCUGUGUUCAGAACGCUGACACACAUGAAUCUUUAUCGGUGAAGUUGACGGCUGCGACUUAUUCAUCUUGCGUCCGCUUCCAGCUUUGCGACGACGCACUGCUAGUAGACGACGAUGACGCUGAUGGUGGUGGCAUGUACGGAUCUUGGCAAUGCUCCGACACACUAGGGCCAACGCCGAAGUUUUACAACGCUGCCUACGAUAGUAUUAAUUUGAUUGAACUACUUGAACUUCACCCGAACGAAGCACGAGAGAUCAUUGCUAUCUUUAGUCCCGAUCCUGAGGUAUUUCCCAAUGUUGUGGAGCGUACGGCACCGACACUGGUGAGUGGUACCAUUCAACUGACGUCUACUUCACUCCCAAGAGCAACCCCGGCGCGUUCACUAACGUGGAGCGACGAUGUGGGUUGCGUCACCUCCUCGUGUGCGCCGUCUCCCCUGCUUUGCGCUGGUGACAAAGGCUGCUCGCCUCUAUUUUCCUCGCAACCUACACCGCUGUCCCGCACUGCGGACGGUACGUUAAAGAGCAAAACAGUUACAUCAGCCAACCGCGGCUUUCUUCACGCCGCCGUCCGGUCGGAGACUCUGACCCUCCCAUUCAGUGCCACCGUGUUUCUUUCUGCAUUCACUGUGUCUGUGUCAGAGCUCCAGGCAACGAUGGCUCCCAGUAGAACGCACCUGAUGGGAUUCAAAAUAACGAAUAUUUCACCGCUUCCGCUGCAGCUCGUCAUUCGUAUGCAAACGAUGCCCCACAAAAACGUUGAAUUAACUGUCUGUGAAGAAGACCAGUUCGAAGUGUCACUGAUCGGACGGGUGUUAGUGCUUGAUGGCCAUGCCUCGAUGAAUUUCACUGUCAUCGUCCGCACUGCUGCUGUUUCCGAACUGGCCGGUAGUGGCGCGAUAAUGAAACGGUUUUGUCACCGCACUGUUCUUCAAUGUGAUAAUCUUCGUGAUGCACGCAACUCAGAGCUUAUAUCGGUUAAUGUGAAUGUUGUGCCUGAGCACCUUCAGAAACCCCUGGUUAGCGUGGCUGACCCCUACCUCGACUUCGGUGCUGUGUACCGAGGUACGCGGGUUGUGCGGGAGGUGAGUAUUUGCAAUGUUAGCCGUGAAGAUUUAACGGUGCGCUUGCUUAACCCCCGGCCACCGCACUGCGAAGGUGUACUAACCCUUGUUCGUGGUGCCAGAAGUGAAGCUAGUGGCGGGAAGGACAUAAAGAGCGUAAAAAAUAGUACCCCUGUUAAGAUCACUGACAAGAAGAAGAGUAGCACCGCUGUCGUAGGACCAUACGAUAACAUUGUACCUGCUGAUGAGCUCGUAAUGGCAGCUCAGAAGGGCUCAUUGCAGGUUGGCGUCAUGUACGUUGCGUCCACGGACUCAGAGUAUAAAGGGACCGCGAACCUCAAGUUUGAACUGGAUUUCGUCAUCACAGGAUAUGAGAGUGGUGCCAAUAGCAGCAGGCGUGAGCAACGUGUGGUUGUUCGGUGUGUAGCGACACUCUUUACGAGCACCAUCGUGGCUCCGCUAACUAAUAUCAACUUCGGAGACUGUCCUGUUGGCCAGACACGCCGGGUCACAUUUCAUAUUGAGAACCCUUCGCUACUACCAACUACCAUCAACGUGCAGCUUCGAAGUAAAAUUGUCUCUAUUGAAGGGGUGCCCGCGCGGCUCUCCGAAACGGGCGCACCUGAAACAGUCGGGGAGUUUUCCAUUGCGCCUCAGAGCAGUCUGCCUUUGACGUUGCGGAUGACCCCACAACGUGUCAAUCCAACGUACUGCAAGCAGCUUACUGUUGUAAACGUAUCAAAUCCUGCGGAGGACCGUCUCAUAUUAACCAUUGAGGCAAAUAACAUGCAACCCGCCGACAUGGAGCUUCAUAAUGAAUUCUAUACGUGUGAGAGUCGGCCCCUGUGCUACGAGGAUGGAGUGAACAAAACUAGGGACGGGGCUAGUGGUGGUAGCAGUAUUGAAGCGGAUGAACGUAGCGGUGGUGGUGCAGCACCGCUGCGUGCUAUUGCAAGUGUUCCGCUUUUUGUUGCCUACAGGCUGCUGUCGAGGGUGAACUAUCCUCUCGAGCUGCAGCUUUCUACGACAGGUGCGGAGAUUGGUACAUUUUGUUUGGAGGGGAUGCCGUCGGCGGACUGGGAGGCACUUGCUGUGGAGCUGCACUCAUGCUGUUGCUUUGGCGGCGAGGAUACGGCUAGUAAAUUGGCACCUGAGCGUGCGGAGGAGGUGCGAGACGGAGUAAUGCGUGCGUUGAAUAACCACGCUAUGUCUGUAAGUUCGGUGGUACUGGAACCGCGAGGCAGCACCACUUUGUAUGCCUGUAUUCUGCGAAAUUCAAUUGGCGGCGUGGACGCUGUGACAAAGGAGGAUGGUAUUAAUAUAGGCAUAGAGCACGUCGAACUGCGGCGUUUUAUGCGGCUUUCGUACCGGGUUUGUUCCACACGCUUUGAACUGGGCGGCCAGAGGGCUAAACACUUCGGAGAGGUAAAUGUCGGUGAGCGGAGGUCUACAAAGGUGCCCAUCACCAAUCAGUGCAAUUCUCUGUUGCUUCUACGCGUGACGAAGUCACGAAGUGUUAUGGCUGGCUAUAUUCGUGUGGAUGGCUCAGAUCGCAAUUCUAUUUACUUUCGCAUUCGUCCGUUCGCUACGAAAGAACUGGAACUAACCUUUUCUCCGGGGCUGAAGGGGAGCCUUGAGGAACGUAUUCAGUUUGUUAAUAUCCUCAACCCUGGCAACGAAGUUGUAAUUACUGUAAAGGCUACUGUCACUAAGGCCGAAACUUUCGAUGUAAGCCCUGAUUCGUGGAGCUUUGGUCUCGUUUCCGUGCCAAUGCUUCAGCCGGUUACUAGUGGCGUCGCAACAAACGUCAGAGGAUCGACUUUAGUGGCGGGAAAGGGAAACGGAGGUGCUGGCAAUGACGAUAGUAGCCGCCAAGUGGCUCGCGUCGGAGCCCGUUUCACUGUGUCUAACACAAGUAGCGCGCGCCGUGCCUUGCGGCUGAAGCUUGACACCACGGUUAGUAACAGCAGUGUGGGUGGAGGAAAUGAAAAUGCCCAUUGCCCAUUGGAGCGUUUUUUCAGGUUUGAGGGGAUUGAUGUUCGGCUGCAGCUGGAGAUGGAACGGGGUGGCGCGUCUUCCGGUUCUUCCCGGAAGCUGGAGGAAAAGAUUGAGAAACUCGAGCAAAAGUUGAAGAUAUAUCGUCGUAAGAACAAGGUUGAUAAAGUUGCUGCUGCAGUGCGCCAGAUUGAGGAGCUUAAACGCGCACUGAUGGGCGAGGUUGUGGAUAUCAACACACUUGAGCCUGACGAUGGUGACACAAAGAGUAGAGAUCCCCAACAACAACGACUUCAGGACUUGAAGUCCCCCCGUGAAACCCCCGAAGGCGAGGACGAGAAGUUUGCAGCCUCCAAGGUGCGGUUGCAGGAGCACGGUGAGCUCCUCUCAAUGCUUCUUCGGGAUGGGAUUGCGUUAUCCGAAAUGAAUGCUGGGGAAUCAAUUAUUCUCGUGCUGGGGAUUACAUGCACCCGGACGGCUGAGCACAUUCCGGCAGCACAAAGUGGCAUUUUAACUUUUGUGCUGUACGAGGCAAACGACACGGAGGCAAGCAGAACCAUACCUGUCGAUAUAACACUUGUGCGUGUAGAGGGGGAAGCAGACAUCGGAACAGUGGUAGGAGGGGAGAGGCCGUUGGCCCAUGCGGGCAAAGCUGGUGGAGGAUCAAGCACCGAUGCAAAUUUGCCGGGGAUACUGCCGCCGACGCCUCGUUCUCCGUCACGUCCAGGGAGCGACAACCCAUCGCCGAUGCAGGCUCCUCCAGAAACAUCAGGAGGAGCCGCACAACUGACGCGACCAGGACCAGCCUCACAGUGUGAUUCCACCUCGUUUAUAUCACUUGAGCUGGGUGAUGUUGUGGGAGUAUCAUCUUUCAUGUGCUUUCCAAUGAUUUCAUUAAACAACUGCGUUGUGCAAGAACGGUGUGAUUUUACAUUUUACGUGCGCACUACUAUGGACACCUCGAUUGUAGUACUUGAGCCCUUUCGAUGUUGCGGCCCCGGUGUCGUUACCAGCGGUAGCUACGGUGGGUGUAUGGAUGCCAUGGUUGAUGCCUGUGGAGCUAUGGAUGACCGUGAGAUUUGUAAGGGAUCAGCGGCUGUUAGCCACAUGGCGACCGCCAGGGUUGUUGGUGAAGAAAUGUCGGCCCUUUCAGGGCCUUGCUCUACGUUGAGAGCGACAGUAAGAACUUUGGAUGCGUCUUUCAGGUUUUCUCGACGGAGGGGUGCUCUCCACUCGCGACAGCCGCUUUCCAUCAACGUUCAGUGCACACCGAGUAGCGGUGGUCCGCAACGCUACUUUAUCCCCGUCGCAAACCUUCAGGACGAGGGCAACGUGACUUACCUCGUGGUGAGCCUUAAUCCAUCGCCAGUGGAUGAUGGAUGCCUGCUUAAAGUGGCUCCAAGCACUUUGAGCAUGCGCGACAUCGUCCUGCCAUGUGACACUGCUCUUUUGGACGUCCAAUCGUUUGCUGUGCGUAGCCAUGUAGGCCGGCCGCAUGCGUUACUUAUUCGAUCAACUAGGCCGGCACUUGUCAGACUGUUCGAGGACGCCAAAUGUAGCGUCCCACUGAAAAACCCCGUUAGGUGCUCAUUUUCCGAGAAACUUAAAGUUUACGUGCAGCUUCGCCCAAGCGAACAUUCUCGAAAGCAUGCAAGUCGAGUGGUGACCGCCGGCAUACUCAUUGAGGCUAUAGUCUCUACCCGGGGCCUCGACUGUGGGCAUAGUGGUGACCCUAUUCACGGAGGUCAGUGCGGUUAUGCUAUUCUCGCGCAUUCCGUUGUCCGCGUGUCUGCACGCAUUGGCAGCGGUGAACUGGUGUUGCGUGAAUCAUUUAUCGAUAUGGGCUCCGUGGCUCCUCACUGUCAUCAGGCCCAAACCACUCUAACUGUGUGGAACCCCUCCGACUGCUUUGAGGUGCGGGCUCGGUUGGUUGCCUCCAUGCCGCUUACCGGCAUUGGCAUUCCCGAAAUUACCCUCCCCCCGGGUGGUAAGGUUGAUGUGCCCAUAACGUUGCAUAUUCCGACUCCGGGACUUGUCCGUGAGUCGAUAUCUUUGCAUAAUCUUAGCUGCAAGCAGAAGACGCUGAGUGUGCGACUUAAUGUGUUGAGACUUGAUGAAGCGAUAUCAGUAAGCGUCGUCCCAUAUGAAGUCCAGAUGCAGGGAGAAGCGCUGCUGCAUUCAACCGCGGUUCAUCCCGGAUGUGCUCAGGAUGGUUGUGGUGUCGUAGCUUUCCCCACCGCUGCUGUUGUAUGUGGGGAGGGCGGUGUGUUUCGCCUCCAUAACCCCGUGGUUAGCACCGCCAUGCAUGUGACAAACAACAGCAUGAGGAGCCUCAUUCUUAUAGCAAGGAGCAGCGCCCCAUUUGUUUUCGGGCAUCCUGAUACCACUUUGCAGCUGUCGGGAGUGCCACCGUAUCACGAAGAUGGCUUCGUUUCUAUGUACCUGCCCUCUCCACCCGAUUCUUAUCCCUCUUCUUUGGCUGAGACGGAGACAGAGACGGAGGCCGAGGCGGAGAUGAAACCGCUUUCACAUUCGUAUACCCGCGGUCGUCUGCUGCUUGAUGCGCGUCACACACAGGCGGUCGCGUGGACGCUUACAUCGACUCCGCCGUUUACUCUAAAGCAGAAGCAGCGGCUGCUGCGACACGAGCUGGUAACAGUGGAGGUCGCAGCGUACAUCUACGUUGGUCAAGUCGUGGAGGAAACGACAGGUUUUCCAUUUAAUGACAUGAUGUUCUCGGCGGUGCGGCCCUUGCCAAUGGCGGAGCAGUGCGUUCUCGUACCAAAGUUUUUGCUUAACUUCGCGGUGAGCGAAGGCCGCGUGGAACCAUCCGUUAUUGACCUGGGCGUUGUUGUUGUGAAUAAGGGCCACGUGGGUAGUAGUCCGCUAACGUCAUCCACCGCGGAAGUCCCUGCGAAGCAAACUGAUGUAUUGUGCAAAAACGAAGUCGAUGUCCCAAAAUUGCGACGGCAAGCUGAAAUAUCAACAGCCACUGCACCACGUGCGGAGAGAAAGGAUGGAAACAACCUAAAUCAUGCCAUAUCAAUACGGUUGGUGAACUCUUCUUUUGUUUUGCCUUUGAACUUAAGCGUGGAGUGUGAACCCACGGUGAGGUUUGCGAGCAACCGUGUGACGGUACCUCCUGGUCAAACCGUUGUGGUGGAGGCUGUGCUCGUUCCGAAGCUGAUCCAGUCUGAGGGGCCAUUUCGUCUUUCCGUUUACUUCGUGAAUGAACAGAAUCCAGAGAAUGACAUGGUUGUCUGCGUCACGGGCCAAUACUACCAAAAGUCGUUUAGGCUUUCAUGGGACGGAGUCGUUGAUGGCCGCAAGGAGUCGCUGUCGAUGCAACCGCUUCGUUUGGAAGACAUAUCCACCGCUACUUCGGCCGUUCUCUCUCAAACAAAAAUCACAAUGACGGCCGUAGAGCCAAACAUUGAGGUUGGAGUACGGGCAGUUGUGAAUCCAGAGCUUGAAGGUGUUAUUCAGCUUCAGGCACUGCAGUAUGACGCCUCUUCCACCCUGCAGAGCGUUAUAUUUGGCCAAGUGCCACUGCUGGCCAUGGCUGGAAACACCAAUCCCAACAGCGACAGCGUCGCUGGUGUGUCUGUUAACAGUGGUGGAGCCCCUGGCAACGGUGGGAGCAACAAUGGCAGUGGGUUAACGGCUGGCGCUGUGGGCACGGGCUCGAAUACUGGUGGAAUAACUCCGGUCGGUGCCGAUUCUGGGGGCGCUUUACCCGCUGUGGGUGUGGCGGGCAGCGCUGGAGGUCCGCUGAAUGCAGGUUGUGGUUGUGCCGCAGACAAUCCUGCAGCGCCGUCAGUCCCAGGAAGGGGCGUAGUGGUUUGCUCAAAGGAUCAUCAACAAUUUCGGUUGCGUUGCGUACUUGUUAAGGAGGAUUUUCCAGUGUUGGCGGGUGUUUUCUUCGGGCAGCGAAAGCAUAAACACACGGCCGAUAUUCUUCGCGAGAGACAGGGCCUAACAUUCACCAAGCUUGAGGAGUUAAAGUCGCAACGUUCCGCGGUAUCCCAAACGAUGUGGUUAGGAACACUCCACUUCUCGAAUGAGGUGACGGGAGGUGAUGAGGAGGUGCAAAUAUUUAGUUCACUUAGCGCGUUCUGCACUUUCAAGGUAUCGUCCAAACUGGUGCUCCGGCCACGGUGCUCCUUGACUUCGGGAUCCGCCGUGGACGGUGCAACUGCAGUAGCACAUGUGGGGACGGCGACAGUAGCUCCCGAGGCGAUGUACGUUUAUGAAGGUGAGUUGGUUGUCUCAAAUCUCUGCCAGGAGCACGUUGUAAGGCUUUCCAUCACCCCGUUGCUAAAUUGUGGACAUCACGACGGUGUCGUUCUUCAGUGCGUAUCGUGUGAAGGAUCCAAGGAUACGGCAGGGAUGUCUGCGGAUGAUGCCUCUGCGACGGGAAAUAGCAAUAAUUUCGCCAGCAGUGACAUUGGUUACGGUGACGGUGCUAACCUUGCUGAUGUAUGUACGAAAAAUGACUCACGGGCGUCCCUACCAGUUUCUAGUAGUGCUCAUCUACCAGAAUUACCGCAAACAAACGUGAAGUCCCCUGGUACCGCCUCACAAUCAACGGUAAUAAUGCCGAUAUCUCCUCAGAAUACCGUGCGUGUGCGGGUGUUGCUUUGCAUAGACAGAGCGCGUAACAAAUCGAGUGUUGAACAGGGCGCUGGAUUGGCCCUGUUUGAUGAAGCCGUUGCGUGCAGCUUCGCUGCCGUUCGUAUCUCACUUGCGCCGGCAGAUGAUAACGACCGAGAGAAGGAGCAGCAACAAAAGCAGCAAGAACAACUUACCAGGCAACCCUUUCGACGUGCGGAUUCCUCUGGUGUUUUGGCUAGUGGAAAUUCUGGCUCCGUUUCUUACAAAGCCGUAAAGGACAACAUCUCGGAAGGAGAGAAGGGGGUUGCAGCAGACAGGGAGGACACUGCAGUAGGGAAUGCUGCCCCACCCGGGAGCAACCCGUUGGAUGUAACACCCGAUGUUAAACCUGACCGCCCCGAGAUCCUCUCUUCGCAGCUCACACGGUCCCACACUGUGCUCUCCCUUAGCGGCAACUGCACCGAAGUGCGCGACUGCACGGGGGUGUACACCUCUAGCUUUUCUUUCAGCAAGGACUCCGUGCCCACUACAGACAUCACUAUCACUAAUCACCUCAGUGACGGUGCGGUUGAGUAUGCCGUUGCUGUCAUUUCCCAAGGCCCACAGCCAUGGUUGCUUCUUCCAGUUUCCACCGCUGUGCUGGAACCUGGGGAGACCCAACCACUUCGGCUCAACAUUCUCUCCACAGAUGCUGGUUCGUUCGUUGGUCACGUGAGCAUCAGCAGUGGUAUCACCCCUGGAAAGCUAAUCCUGUUGAAAUUGAAUGCUGAGGUGUUCCUUCCCACUGCGGGGGAGGGUCUGUUUGAAAUUCUUACUUCCAAUGGGCAGCGUCUCUCUAGCGGAAUGGAGAAAGAUAUUUUCGUUGGGAGGCUCUUUGGGGACAAAACUCACCGUGCCCGCGUGGCCCUUGAGAUUGUGAACCGCUCCUCUGUUCCUCUUGAGUUCCCUGUGAGUGUGGGGAAGUCGAUGCGCAUGGAAUACAUAAGUGCUCCGGGGGAGGAGGUGAGCUCAGCAAUAAUGAGGAACAAUAUCUCCGAUACCGCAGGUGGCCGCGACGUUGAUCUGAAAACUGGCCCACGCACCGCGAAGGAAGCCGAUGAGGAGGAUAGCAAGCAGCAGGAACAACGCGGAGCUUACAAUGAUGGUGACAGGGGUUCCGGUAACGUGCCUGGUGCCUCUCAUCCCCGGUGUUCCGUCCGACUUCUCGUGUGUCAUUUACACAGCGUGUCGGCGAUGCGUGGCGAGCGAUACUUUGUUGUUGACCCAAAGUCUCGACUGAAGGUGGCCUUUUUGUUGGUGUGUGAUCACCUACAGUUACCAGGGGGUCUUUCAGCAUCCGGUGAGGCUGAGGUGGUGCUGACUUGCAAGCAGGCCCGUGACGCACGAUACGUGUUUAAGACAUACUUCCGUGUCUGUAGACCUUCUUUCUCCGUGCAGAGGGAGCAGCUUUUCACUCAGGUGGAGAACUACACGGUUGCCCUUGCGGUGACUAAUCUUAACCCUCAGGAGUCUCUAAUUUUGUUCCGGACCGCUUCACCCGUGCUCGUUGUCCAAGUUCCGACUGAGCAAGAAGGGGAGGACCCAGGCUGUGCUCUGAUUACUAUUGCAGGUGGGGCGACCGCGUUUUUUAACGUUCGGCUUGACAUUUCGCGGCUUGCUUCCUUGUACAACUGGAGUAAGUCGGGAAAUAACAGCGGCAACGGUGAUGAUACCGCUAACUGUGAUGUGGAUACUUUGUUGCAACCGUUGUCUGAGCAUGGCGUGCUACUCAAUGUCCGCAACCCAAGUGAACACGUUCGAGUGGAGUUUUGCUUUUUCCCGUCCACGACUGUUCAGGGACCUUCCGCCUCGUCCUUGUCAGCUGCGGCGGUGGCAGCGGUGUACCCUGUUUCGCAGUCGAUCAAGUUGUCGCGCCGACUCAACUGCGAAAAGCGGCUGUACCGCUUUGUUCAAGAGUUUUCACGUGUGUUGUCCGAAGUAUCAGAGUUUCUUCUACCAGAGAUACAGGAGCAUGCCUCUCUUGAGGGGUUUCUCCUUUCACCAACUGUAAAUGAUGGCACGAGUGGUGGGACUACGACGGGUCGCGGCUCCGGAUUCGGUAACAAUUGGAAUAAUGGUGAUAGUACUCAUGGAGGCGCUGUUGGAAGUGGUGGUAGCACUGCUGGAGCUGCCAGUCAUGAGAGUGUCAGUGGCGCAGGGCAUCCGGGUCGGAAGGACAGUUUGGAGGGGAGGGAGGAGGGAGAUGAGGAUAACCGUGUGAGUUUGUUGGAGGAUCGAAUGCCUUCCUCUCAACGCUCCCACUGCUGGCGGGCUCUUCAUGGGUUAUUAGUGGACCUUUCUUGGUUGGUGGAGGAGCUUGUGUAUUACUCCAUUAUGCUCAGUAACUCCAGGGCCAUCGAAGCGUACGGCGUCUUUCUUGCAACGUCGGUUAGCGGUCAUCCACUGCUACGUCUCUGGCGGCAACACCGGAAGAAGUUGCCCCCAGCGUUGCCCCUUGCAAUCUUCGAACAAUUCCUCGAGGCAAUCGAUGCCCUCCCUUGUUGA